GGAUGUGGCUAUAGCUUUCACCAAGGAGGAGUGGCAGCAACUGGACCGCGCUCAGAAGACCCUGUACAGAGAUGUGAUGCUGGAGAACUUCAGCCACCUGGUCUCAUUGGGGCAUCCAAUGUCCAAACCAGAUGUCAUCUCCAAGUUGGAACAAGGACAAGAGCCAUGGAUUGUAAAAAGAGAUAUACCAAGUUGGAUCUAUCCAGAGAGGGAGACUAGACUUGAAAAUCCUCAGUUGGAUAUAUCUGGAGGUGUUUCCUUCCAUAAGGAGAUAUUGGCAAGUGUGACAAGGGAGCAUUCAUUGUACUCCAUUUUUAAGGUCUGGCAGGGUGAUAACCAGCUGGAGAGAGAUGCGGGAAAUCAAGACAGACUUCUCAGGCAAGUCAUGGUCAUCAAAAACAAAACAGGUUCUGAAGAGUCAGGCUAUUCAUAUAAGAUGUUAGGGAAAAUAUUUCAUGACUACGCAGACCUAGAUGCUUCAAGACAAGGACUGUAUGACCCUGACUCAUUUGAAAAGAGCUUGGAACCUAAUGUAAACUUACUCAGUUGUAAUAGGGGUUAUGCAACAAAAAACACUGAUGAGAAUUUUGGGUGUGGGAGUACACCUAUUUCUUCCUAUUCUAAGCAUGAAAAAGUUCAUAAUGGAGUGAAACACUGUGAAGAUCAUCAAUAUGGAAAGAUUAUCAGCAAUAAACAAUCUCUUAUUCAAUAUAUGAAUGUUGAAACUGGAGAGAAGACCUGUGUAUGCAUUGAAUGUGGAAAAUCUUUUCUAAAAAAGUCACAACUCAUAAUACAUCAAAGAAUUCAUACUGGAGAGAAACCAUAUGAUUGUGGUGCAUGUGGGAAAGCCUUCAGUGAGAAGUCACAUCUUAUUGUACAUCAGAGAACUCAUACUGGGGAGAAACCUUAUGAAUGCUCUGAAUGUGGAAAAGCUUUCUCUCAAAAAUCAUCCCUCAUUAUACAUCAGAGAGUUCAUUCUGGGGAAAAACCAUAUGAAUGUAAUGACUGUGGGAAAGCUUUCUCCCAGAAAUCCCCCCUUAUUAUACAUCAGAGAAUUCACACUGGAGAGAAACCUUAUGAAUGUAAUCAAUGUGGGAAAGCCUUCUCCCAGAAGUCACAGCUGAUUAUACAUCAUAGAGCUCAUACUGGAGAGAAGCCAUAUGAAUGUACUGAAUGUGGGAAAGCCUUCUGUGAGAAGUCCCACCUCAUUAUACAUAAAAGAAUUCACACUGGGGAGAAACCCUACAAAUGUGCUCAAUGUGAGGAAGCCUUCAGCAGAAAGUCAGAACUCAUUAUACAUCAGAUAAUUCAUACUGGGGAGAAACCUUAUGAAUGUACUGAAUGUGGGAAGACCUUUUCCCGGAAAUCACAGCUCAUCAUACACCAGAGAACACAUACUGGAGAGAAACCCUACAAAUGCAGUGAGUGUGGAAAAGCUUUCUGUCAGCAGUCACAUCUCAUUGGACAUCAGAGAAUUCACACAGGAGAAAAACCUUAUAUAUGCAGUGAAUGUGGGAAAGCCUUCUCUCAGAAGUCCCACCUCCCGGGGCAUCAGCGCAUUCAUACAGGAGAGAAACCUUACGUGUGUGCUGAGUGUGGAAAGGCCUUUUCCCAGAAGUCAGACCUUGUUGUACAUCAGAGAAUUCAUACUGGGGAGAAACCCUAUCAGUGUACUAUCUGUGGUAAAGCGUUCAUCCAGAAGUCACAACUCACUGUACACCAGAGAAUUCAUACAGUGGAGAAAACCUGUGUAUGUAUUACCUGUGGAAAAGCCUUUGCUAAGAAGUCACAGCUCAUUGUACAUCAACGAAUUCAUACUGGAAAGAAACCAUAUGAUUGUGGUGCAUGUGGGAAAGCCUUCAGUGAGAAGUUUCAUCUCAUUGUACAUCAGAGAACUCAUACUGGGGAGAAACCUUAUGAAUGUUCUGAAUGUGGAAAAGCUUUCUCUCAAAAAUCAUCCCUCAUUAUACAUCAGAGAGUUCACACCGGGGAAAAACCGUAUCAAUGUAGUGAAUGUGGGAAAGCCUUCUCCCAGAAAUCCCCCCUCAUUAUACAUCAGAGAAUUCACACUGGAGAGAAACCUUACGAAUGUAGAGAGUGUGGGAAGGCCUUCUCCCAGAAGUCACAGCUGAUUAUACAUCAUAGAGCUCAUACUGGAGAGAAGCCAUAUGAAUGUACUGAAUGUGGGAAAGCCUUCUGUGAGAAGUCCCACCUCAUUAUACAUAAAAGAAUUCACACUGGGGAGAAACCCUACAAAUGUGCUCAGUGUGAGGAAGCCUUCAGCAGGAAGACAGAACUCAUUACACAUCAGUUAAUUCAUACUGGGGAGAAACCUUAUGAAUGUACUGAAUGUGGGAAGACCUUUUCCCGGAAGUCACAGCUCAUCAUACAUCAGAGAACACAUACUGGAGAGAAACCCUAUAAAUGCAGUGAAUGCGGAAAAGCCUUCUGUCAGAAAUCACAUCUCAUUGGACAUCAGAGAAUUCACACAGGAGAAAAACCUUAUAUAUGCAGUGAAUGUGGGAAAGCCUUCUCUCAGAAGUCCCACCUCCCGGGGCAUCAGCGCAUUCAUACAGGAGAGAAACCUUACGUGUGUGCUGAGUGUGGAAAGGCCUUUUCCCAGAAGUCAGACCUUGUUUUACAUCGGAGAAUUCACACCGGGGAAAGACCCUAUCGGUGCACUGUAUGUGGGAAAGCGUUCAUCCAGAAGUCACAACUCACUGUACACCAGAGAAUUCAUAACAGUGGUAAAAUCAUAAUGAACUGAACACAGAAAAGCCUUCUCAGUAUUAGCUCAAGCCUUAAUAAAUACUAGGAACCUGAUUGAUACUUAUGGGACAUCUUUAUAGGUAAAAUUUAAUAAGAGAAUUCAUGUCUAUAGUGAGAUGAUACCUAGCUCAGCAAAGAUGAUGGAAAAUAAUCUUAAAUGAAGAACAUUUUCAACAUGGUAUGUAAAAAAUUUUAAAGUAAUGGUCUGUAGAACAAAUUAUGUAUAUAGACUAUUGUCAAGUGACAUAUUCUUUAUUAUACCACAUUAACAAUAACCAGACAUUGUGAAAUUGCUAAUAUUAGCUUGGCAUAAUUUUGGUCAUACAGUAAGUCCCAACAAAGGACAUGAAGAAAGCUUGAGAAAAAAAAAAAUCCAUUCCUAGAAACUACAUCAUAAGGAGGGGCUUAGCAUGACCCCUAAAGAUGUAUGUAAAAUUCUUGUACAAAGAUAGAAAUAUGGGUGAGUCAGAUUCAAUACAGGUAAUGUUUAUGCAUUUUCCCAUUUCAAGCAUAUAAGUUGACCUGUCUCUCUAGAAGGAUCCUGUACUUUGAAAUUGAUGCGCCUUGACCAGGUCUCCAUUUUAUUCUUCUUCCCUGAGAGUUUGGUAUUGUGGAAAUGGUUAGGUGCUGAGCCAGAUGGCCUUGUGUUUUAAUCCUGGCUCACCUGUUCACAGAUUGUGUGACUUCAAGCAAGCCUAUUUCGCCCAUCUGAUAUUUUUUCUUAUCAUUAAAAAAAAAAAGUAUAA